CAGGCCGCACUCGGCUCGCGAUGUCGUGCCGGCCGAAUUCCCGGCACCGGUGGAGCGCGUCGUGACGCCGGCAUGUGAUGUUCCGGAGACGCGCGCUGCGGCGGCGGCUGGCGGCGGGCGGCGCCGCGCUGGGCGAGGCGGCGCUGCGGCGGCUGGCGCGCGCGCUGGACGCGGGCCCAGCGGGCACGGCGUGCGCGCCGGCCGCACCCGCCGAGCGUCUGGCCGUGCUCCGCGUGCUUCGCCACCCCGACCUGCGGACGCUGGCAGAGCUGCGCCGCUUGCCGCACUGCGAGCAGCCCCAGUGCUGCAACCCCUACCACCACAGCCGCCUCUGCGAGCCCGAAACCCCUCCGCCUCCAUACAGUCGAAUAGCAAUGGACGACGUAAAACCGAAAGAACACGGCGAGAACACACAAGACGCGAGGAGGACGAACCAUGAGCGGCUUGCUACGGGUUCCCUCGCUACUGAUGGCGAAGAGCGUCAAAGCUGGGAAACAGAGUGGUGCAGACUGGCGUACUGGGAGCUGACCCAACGCGUUGGUCGCCAGUUCAGCGUGCGCGUGCGCGCGGUGGACGUGUUCGGGGGAGGGGGUGGUACGUGCGCUGGCAGGCACGGACUGUGCGUCGAUGCGCUCGACACCAAGGAACCGCAAGUUGAACAGGUGCGAAAAACACGAGCGAAAAUCGGCUUAGGUGUCACCCUGUCCCUCGAAUCGGACGGAGUUUGGCUCUACAAUCGGAGUCAAGAACCCGUGUUUGUCAGCUCGCCAGCUUUGGAUGCAGCUGCAGCGAAGGCCCUCUUAGUAUGGAGGGUGGCUCCGGGGCACUGCCUGUGCAUCUUCGACCCUUCGUCUCCCCCCCCAGCUGUGUCCCUGCCCCAUGUGGGUCCAGUGGACCCUAGAUCUGUGAGGAUAUCGUUCGCGAAAGGCUGGGGGCCUAAGUACUCGAGACGGGACGUCACAGCUUGCCCCUGUUGGCUCGAAGUUCUGCUAGCACCUCCCAGCUGACGCUAAGACUAUGUAUUUAUACAUAAACAAAUAUAAAAACAGUGCGGGCUUGUGAUAAAGUGGAAUAAUGGUGAAAACGGACCAAAGUGAAAACUUUUUAUUUGUUAAUUAAUGGACUCCGAGUUAACUGAUAGACAUUUUUUUUUACAAAUAGUGACACGGAAAAUGUCUAAAAAGAGUUAGUCCAAAUUGCGAAAUAUUAUCGCUCAACUUUUUUUAAAAUAGAAUAUUAGUUAAACUAUAGGCUGUAUGGCAAUAAAUCUUUGCCUCACCUGAAGGGGACAAAACAAAAACAAAAAUCUACUUAUAAAGUGUGAUUAACGAGUUAUAGGUAUUUAUAUCGUAAAUCUCACUUUAUAAGUGAUUGAAAAAUUCGAGACUAAAUAAGCGCCAAGCGUUAUUUUUAUUUUUCUGUAGCGAUACAAAAAAGAAUUGCACGGUAAUAUUUCACAGUGCGUGCUAACUCUUAGGGGUUUUUUUAACGUUGGCAUUUUGUGGGCGUUUUUCGUGUCACUAAUUGCAGUGUGUAAUAGCCACAGUUGUCAAAAGUGGUUGUUUAUGUUUAUUGUCUUUGUUAUAGAAAAUCUCGUGAAAAGGUUUGUUGUCACUGCUGUGGUUCUUGAACUUAUUUUUUUUUAAAGGCCUUGAAGAACUUGAAUCCAUUUAGUAAAUGUAACAUAUAAGUUUUCAUGAAACACAUGUAAUCAAAUCAAAAUAAAAGUUUCUUAUCUGUGAAACGUUCUGUGAUUCAAAAUACUUGUUGAAAUUAUGCAAUAAGAAAAUAUGCAACUAAAAGUAAUAUUUUUUUUAAUAAAUUAAAAAUCCACAGUGGAGACAUACGUACCAUCGGUAGCAUAACGACUAACUGUUAUCAAAUCAUUAGACCAAACCUGUACAAUCGGUUAUAUUUAUUUUUAAUUAAAAAAAAAAACAAUAAUUGUUGAUGUAAAUAUUAUAAAUUGGAAAUUUAUUUAUGUAUAUUAAAAUAAUGUCUUUAUUAACGUGAAUUAUUGUGAUUAGAGAAUUAAAAUAAGAUUAUCUACAAAGAAAAAACUCAAUCAAAACUGCUUUUGUUUCGAAAAUACUCGCCCAGAUUGGUUUACCCAAUUUUGAUGCAGAGUAGUGACUCUCUGAUAAUCAAUUUUUCAUUCGUAUUUUUUUUAUUCGCAUAUAAAAUAUUUACUUUGAACUGGAACAUCCAAAUUGUUACUUUCAGUGUAAAUUUUUUGUAAGCAUUUCAUUACAUUGUUAGGUAACGAAAAUAUCUUUUUUGGAAACAAUUGAAAACAGAAUUGUUAUAUUUUUUCAUUUAAACUUUAGACACUAGAGUUUCACAAAAAAUAAAUGUAUCUUUAAAUUCCGUUUCAUACACAAAUUAAUAAAGUUCACAUUAGUAGAAAAAUGUGAACAAAUCGUCCCUGAUGUACCAUUACAAUUAAAGUGUACAAUUUUAAAUGUAAAAAAAAUAUGUAUAGAACUCUGCUUUAAGUUACGCGAGACUGUGUAUAUAAAAGUUUAUAUUAUGUACUAUAGAUUUUUGUAAUUAAUUAAUUUAUAAUUACUAUAAAAUAUGCCUUACCUUAGCACGUAACUUAUUUAAGACUAAUGUUAAGUUUUAAUUUUUUUGUACAAAAAUUAUUAUACUCCGGUCGUUACACUUUUUUCUAUUUGAUAGAUCAAUUAUAGAUCUCGUAACACAUCGCAUUGUAAUCGAUAUGAUUCAGUAAUCGAAUAUAGUAUUUGUCUUCAGCUUCCUGUGACUGGCUUGAUAACGUAUGUACCAACCUAAUGACUCCUAUAACCAAAAGAGCUCCAGUCUUCCAUUUAGUUGGCUUGUUCAUCAGAGCUCUCCUUCAACUAAAACGUAAGCUUCGUGACGUGUUGAUUUGUACCCAUAUUUAUAUUCAAUGUAAAUCCUACAUCUCAUACAUGUUAGCGUAAAUGUGUAAUUUUUUUAAGUAUGCAGGGCGAAGUGUCAAAUUUUGACAACUACAAAUUUGACAUAAUAUUUACGUUACUUCAAAGUUAGUGAGGGUCUCUGUAUGGUUUAUUUUCUUGGUUCGCGUAAAGAUUGCAGCUCAUCGCCUGCUCAAUCUAUUUAGUUUUCGUAAUAUACUCAUAAACUCAAGUGACAUAAUUGAGUCAAAUAGAAAAUAGUACAGUGAACGUAGUAUAUAAUUUAAAGCAAUUCGUAGCGAGGGGUCAUUGACGCGUUGAAGGCUGUGCGUAAAGCAUUUUAACCGGUUUCAUUUAAAGGUGGUUAUGGCUUAAGUCUUAAAUUCAAUGAGAGCAACACCGGGAAUCGUAGAUAGAUUACCUAGUGUGUGUGUUUUUGUUUUAAAGAUCUGCAAUUUAUUGGAUGCGUAUGAAAAAUAGUGCAAUCGACCUAAAUUUGAUAUGAUGAUAGCGUUUAAUAUACAGAGUGUUCCGAAAAGGAUUGUCCAAGCGAAAAUAUGUAAAUAGGAACAUUUUAAUAAAAGGACAUUUAUUUGCAUAUAGUUUUGACAAACAUCAAUGACCAGUGAUAAUGAGAUUUUCUCUUUAGAGAAUUCCAUUUUUAAUCCGAGCAAAAAUAUUUUUUAUCUACCAAAAAGUGGUGCAAUAGUAAUAAGGUAAUCAACAAAAGAAAAAAAACUAUACGAUUUUUUUGCAUCGGCCCACCCUUUUCCGGCCACACUGUAAUAAACACGUUGUAAAACAUUGUGCCUUGCGUUGUAUUCAAAUAAUAUUAUAUGAAUAUAAUCCAAAAUAGGGUAUAUCAGUCAAUUUCACUGAACUAUACGAGUAAGGAAUAUACUAUUAUUAUAUUAUACAAAUUACGUUUUUAUUAUUAAAGCUCGAAUUUAAGAGUGUAUAGCUUCGACAAAGUGGGAAGAGUUGACAAUAUGAUUUACAAUCUAGUCUCUAAAUCAAUCUUGCUUUGUCCUUUGGGUGUUUUGGUGAACAUAGGCCAGUCUGUGAGUUUAUUGUAUAAAUCAAGUAUACAUUUUAAAUGUAAUUAUAAUUUUCAAAUAAUCAAAUAUUUUAUUAUACCAACUUCAAGUACAUCAAAAAUUUUAUUUCAUUUUCACAUUGAAAAGUUAAAUUCAAUUUUAUCUAAACUUAUGCCUUAAAAUCCUGAUCAAGUAUUUAAAAACAAUGUUAAUAAAAUCAUUAUACAUUUAACUUUCAAAGGAGUUACCAAUAUUUAUUUUUGUGACCUUAAAGACUGCUGGAUUUUUGACACUGAAUCAACAUUAUUAAUUUUUUGUUUAAUAUACUUUUGAGGAUUUUAGGACAGUUUAGAUAAAGUAGGUAGUAUGUGAAACUGAUAAUAAUUUUUUGUUUGUUUUUCUAUAUUAUUAAUUUUCAAAAUGACCUAUUGUUUCUUGGUACUACAGUGAUUUUACGGAUUCUAGACUUCUCGUUGUUUUAUCCAAAUAAAACAAAACAGACCUCAACAAGAUAAAACCUCCAUCAUUAUACAUCAGUUUCAUAAACUAUACCAUUUUAGUUCAUUUUUAAUUGUUUCUGUUGUAAUGAAUUUUAUAAUGAAAUCGCUUUUAAGGCGUUCCUGUGAAAGUCAUCCUGUCAUUGCAAUCGUCACUAGAGUGGUCAAGAAAUUUCCAGUUAUAACAAUGAUAAAUAAUGAAAAAAAUAAAAUAAUGUGUGUCACAAAUAAUAACUACGUUAUAGUAACAUUUUUGUAUUACAACACCUAAAACUUUUAAAAUUUCUAAAAAAUAUAACAUUGGAAUGAACAUAAAUUAAAUUGCUUGAAACCUUAAGAAUUUACAAAGUAUAAUUGGGAAUUUCUGUACAAGAGUGCCAAUUCUGCUGUAAGUAAACUAAACCAAACUUCAAUUACAGGUGUGAAAAUAGUAGUGUCCUAAUUUACUCUCAUAAUUUUUUCCUAACGCACUAAAAGAAGUAUAACUUCAAUAAUUUAAAACAUUUUGAUGAUUUUGAAAUGUGUUAACACUCUCUGAGUACAGAUUAAGAUGAGGUCUGUGAUACAAUAGGAAAAGGAUAGUAGUACUUAUAGACAUUUUUGGCACUCAAGGUGAAAUCUGUGAGCUUUAUAAUAUGUGCACAUUUGCCUCACCCCGCAUAAUCCGUCACAGAUGUUAAUUAAUUAAUUAAGUAACACAGAAGUACAUAAUUUAUUUAUCGUAACGCAAAUCGCUAUUUAGUCAUUACGUUAGACUGAAGUAGCGCCUUAAUUGAAAAUUGUGAUAUAUUUUAACAACGUAUGUAAAUUACUAAUAUACAAUUUUAUAUAAAAAUACCACCUAAUUUUGUCUUUAUGGAAAGGAAAAAAAAUUAUUUUUUCCUUGUCCAUUUUAGUGACAAAAAAUUAAGUUUUAUUUUCUUACUACAAGCAGAUUCGAAUGCUUUAACUUACAUUACAUUUUAUGUUUCAUUUCUGUCAGUAAUCUCCACGACUACCUAUAUAUUUUAGGGGGAGGUAUUCAAUCAAAUGAGACUGUACAACCUAUGUUGGUUUUUUUAAGAAGUGUGGUGCACGACUAAAAUGUUUCAUACUAAAAGAAAUAAUUACCUAACGUUAAAAUAUUACGUACUACGUUGUUAAAGUGUGUCGCAAGCUAAACAUAAAUAUUGUAAAUAGCAACGAUAGUCUCUGAUUCGCCGAUUUAUUGUUAAGUUGUGAGUCUGACUGAGAUGAAUGAGAUUAGGGUAUGAUAAAUUAUAAUAAAGAAAAAGAAUAUUUUUAA